AUGAAACGGAAUGUCACAAGUUCAGGACCAACAAGUCGACGUGGUUCAUUAUUAACAUUUGAUGAUUCUCGUCGACCGAGCUUGCUUAUCAAUGACGAGGUUAAUGGAUGUUAUAAAGAUGAGUAUGUACAAAUGUUGAAAUAUGUAUUGGCAAAAUUAAUCCACAUUAGAGUAGUAGUUAAAUCUGAUAAUAUUGUGGGACAUAAGUCAACAUAA